UCAGACCCCAGACGUCGCGAGACCGACACCCACAUGUCACAAAAGGUUUACGUGCGGGAGGUUUGUGAAAGUUUCUCCGGGGGGUAGGGAACGAGUGAGGUCGCCUCUCUCCAUGGCGAUGAAUUGUUUCGCUCAGUUUCCGGGGGGGUGAGGAACAAAUGCUAUCUGACCCUCAAAAAUGAUGCCCUAAUGCUUCGCUUGUCCCUGUUGAUCAAAUGCUGUUAAUCUUAAAGCAGUUGUUUCUUUGCAUCUUCAUCCUUGAGAUUAGCCAGAACCUGGCGUCGGUGAAGAAAACCAAUACAGACACCGGCAUAGAUUUGUUUGAAACUAGAAGUGCAGCCAUGUUUAAAAUUGUGUCUUUUGACACACCAACCGGUGUAGUACUUGCAAUAACCUUUGCAAGCAAAGUGAAAAGUAAUUACCAAAUUGAUUGGAAGGCUGUGCAGACAGAACACAGGGAACGGAUACUAACAACAGAUAUUGAACAAUGCAAGGAUAAACUAUGGUGCAAUGCACCAGGAACUCCAUAUAAUUAUGUUGAAGUAACUCUACAAAACCUUGGUGAAAAUAAAAAAAUUAUUAAAAUGGUUAAUAUUGAGCCACUUAAGUAUCGAGGAUAUGAUCCUUCAGUAAUUAAGGAGAAACAUGGUUGUGAUGCUCAUCCAUGCUUGAAUAAUGGAAAAUGUGUUUUAAGGCCAGAGAGUUCACUUGGAUAUGUGUGCAUUUGCUCCCCUGGAUAUUCUGGAGACUUCUGUCAAUGUGCUGCAAGUACAAAUAAAUCUGCAUCAUCGGUUAUGACUACUGGAUGUAUUGUGAUACUGCUUCUCCUCAUUGCACUGGGCUACCUGAUUUACUUGCAUUUUUUCAGGGACAGGAAACAUUAUCCCUCAGAUGAAACACCAACAAUGGAUCAACAACCACAUUCCAGAAUGCCACCCAGAAUGCAUAAACCGACAGUUUUCAGACCCAAGGAUCGAGAAUCACCUGCACAAAAUGUUUGUAGCCAGCUUUCCAAUAGCCUUCAAUUGCAUUAACUUCUGCUAAGUAUAUUUGUAUAAUUAACAGUCAGUAAGCUGUCUUCUUUUAAUCUUUCAAAGUUUUUAUUUUGGAUGUGA